AUGCCGUUGAUGCGAAUCCCCUACACACAACCCCUCCCAAGUCCCACCAUCCUCCCCUCCACAGCAUCAACCAUCCCCGGCGCCGUCUCAGCACUGCGCAACUUCCUCACCCAAAAGUCGACCUCGAACAACAAGACCCUCAUCCUCUCCGGCGCCGGCAUCUCCGUCGCCUCCGGUCUCGCCGACUACCGCGGCACCAAUGGCACAUACGUCCUCAACAAGACCUACCGACCCAUCUACUUUCACGAAUUCAGCGCCAGCCACGAAGCGCGAAAACGAUACUGGGCGCGCUCCUUCCUGGGCUGGACGACCCUCCACCGCAGUCGUCCCAACCCCGCUCAUCACGCUGUGAAACGACUCGGGGAGUUGGGACUCGUGAGUACAGUUGUGACGCAGAAUGUCGACUCCUUUCAUGGUGAGGCGCAUCCCGGGUUGAGGACUUUGGAGUUACAUGGUUACCUCCGCGCGACGGUGUGUUUGACGUGUCGAUCGGAGUACUCCCGCGAUGCAUUUCAAGACGAUCUCGCGGCGCUCAAUCCUACCUGGGCGAAGUUUCUAGCGGAGAUGUUGGAGAGCGGGGCCUUGUCGACGGAGGACCCGGUGGAGAAGCGGAAGUUGGGGUUGAAGACAAACCCGGACGGAGACGUUGAUGUGCCGGGCGUGGAGUACGGGACGUUUAGGUAUCCGCCUUGUCCGAAGUGUUUGGCCGAGCGCACGGGAUUGGCAGAGGAAGGGAAGAAUGUCGCGGUCGAUGAGCAGGGUGCUUGGGCGACGGGUUCAAAUGCUGGGAUUUUGAAGCCGGCGGUCAUCAUGUUUGGGGAGUCGAUUCCGAACUCUGUCAAGGUGGAGGUGGAGAAUGCGGUCGAUGAGGCGAGUCAGCUACUGGUGCUUGGGAGCUCGUUGGCGACGUAUUCUGCAUGGAGACUCGUCAAGCGGGCGAAGGAGCAGGGCAAGCCCAUUGCUGCGGUCAAUAUGGGAGGAGUGAGAGGCGAGGAGAAUUUCUUCGCGGAUGUGCCCGCUGAUACAGAUGGUGUGGAUGGCGUGAGGUGCAGUCUGCCUUUGGAGCAGACUUUACCUGCUUUGGUAGAGGAAUUGAUGAGAACCCAGUCGAGUAGAACAGCAUUCAAACCAGCGCCGUGGGCAUCAUUAUAA